UCUGCCGAUUUCGCACGGAUCGCUGCCCAGUACCGUUCUUUCCCAUGGUGUGCGCGAUGACGCCUUCCCGCAGCUCCAACUCAGCCGCGCCGUCAUCGUCGUCGCAAGCACGUGCUGGAAUGUCGCCUAGUGACUUUGUCUUUGGAUCUGUGCUCGGUCAGGGCUCGUUCGCCAAGGUGUACCAUGCGCAAUUCAAGAAGACCAAGGCCAACUUUGCCGUGAAAGUGAUGGACCAGGAAUUCAUCAAGAAGCAUGACAAAGUGCCAUUCGUCGUCAUGGAACGACAAGUGAUGUCAAAGCUGUCGCACCCGAACAUUGUCAAGUUCUACUGCAGCUUCAAGGACGACGAGAGCUUGUACAUGGUGAUGGAAUUGUGCCGUGGCGGCGAAUUGCUCUCGUAUAUAUGCAAAGAGCGCGACGCGGCCAAAGCACAAGGUCUACUUGACACAGCGUGCAGCGUUCCCGUCGUCCAGUUCUACAUGGCUCAGUUGAUCGUGGCGCUUCAAUAUAUUCACAGCAACCAAGUCAUUCAUCGAGACCUCAAACCCGACAACAUUCUCUUCAGCGAACAGGGGCAUUUGAAAGUUACCGACUUUGGGACGGCCACGCUCACGGACUCGAAUGAGCACGCGACUAAGUUUUGCGGAACAGCCGAGUACUUGUCCCCCGAAGUCUUGAACGACAUGCCUGUGGGCGUCGGCAGUGACCUGUGGGCCGUGGGGUGCAUUCUCUUCCAGAUGCUGACGGGCCGACCGCCAUUUCGCGGAGAAACCGAUUUCCUGACGUUCCAACAAAUCCUUUCCCACGACAGCGCGACGAUGGAGUUUCCGGCCCACGUCCCCGAGACCGCACGGGACUUGAUCCGGCAGCUGCUUGUGCUGAACCUCGACGCCCGACUCAUCGACUAUGACGCGAUCCAGGCUCAUCCGUUCUUUACCGGCAUCGACUGGCCCAACAUUUCGAAAGCCACGCCGCCCGUUGUACCUGAAAAAGUCGACCUGCCGACGCCCACAAUGGACGGUGCGUCACCCAACUGGAGCUUGGCCAACGUCCUCAACGACGUGUUUGGAGCGACCGCGCUCGUCGCGGAUGGCCCGACCGACCUCCAUCUCUUGUACGUGUUGAAAGAUCAAAGGACUUGCGCUAUAAAUGUGCCGCAGUCAUCGCAACAACCGAUCGCAACCGAGCCCUCCGUCGUCGCGCACUGACACGACAGCGAGGAGGCAGUCGAACGCGUCGUCGUCAUCCACGUGUAUGCUGGAAAACAACGAGAACAUCCUGCUGCAUGGCGAUGUGAAACUCCACGGGUCGCUGUUCACGAAGAAGUCCAAGGAGCUCUUGUUCACGACGCACGGCCGACUCGUCGUGGCGGACCCAAAGAGCCCGGCCGUCGCGUACCCAUGGGGCGAUUUCCAGAUCGUCCCCAAGAACAGCACGACCUUUGACAUCCGACACCCGUCAGGAUCGUUCCGCAUCACAGACGGCGUCCACGGCACCCAAGCAUGGUGUCAAAUGCUCAGCUCGUUCAAACCGUAACUCUCAUAGACGUCUCAACUCUCGCUUUUCCAA